CCAAGUUGAGGCUGAAGCGUUGCAUUCACCAACUGACUUAGCUGCAAGGAGGUUGAUAUAAAGAAAAUCAAGAAUUUCAUUUUGAAUCUAAUAGAUUCCAGUUUUGAAAAUUAAAUAAACAAAUUAUCUUCUGUGUUGAAUAAAAAUCAUAAUUUUUAUUGUUUGUUUGUUUUAUUAAUUUCGGUUUGUGUCAAAAAUUUAAUUCGGCAUCAGAAAUGUCAAUUAAAUUGAAAAUCAACGGAAAGCCUUUUACGGUUAAUCUAACUACACUUCCGGUUGAUGUUACACUGAACACCUUUAUUCGGGAGCAUGCUGGAUUGUCGGGAACAAAGUUCAUGUGCCUCGAAGGUGGCUGCGGUGCUUGUGUUUGUGUUGUGAAGGGGCCUCAUCCGGUCACUGGUGAGCAAAGAACUUGGGCUGUCAAUUCGUGCCUCACCCUGCUUAGUGUCUGUGCAGAUCUCGAGGUUAUUACCAUUGAAGGUCUUGGUAAUAAGCGAGAUGGCUAUCAUCCCUUGCAGAAAACUUUGGCCAAAUUGAAUGGCACCCAAUGUGGAUAUUGUUCUCCGGGUAUCAUUAUGAAUAUGUAUGGUCUCCUCGAGUCCAAGGACAACAAAAUCACCAUGGAAGAAGUAGAGAAUUCCUUCGGGGGCAAUAUUUGCCGUUGUACUGGCUAUCGUCCCAUUUUGGAUGCUAUGAAAGCCUUCGCUAUGGACACCAACAUCUCGGUGCCAGAUGAGUGUAUGGACAUCGAAGAUCUCACCAAUGCAAAAUGUCCAAAAACUGGAUUGAGUUGUAAUGGAGGAUGCAAGUCGUCUACCACCAAACCACGACAACCAAUUGUUUACGACGAUGAUAGCCAAUGGCAUUGGCCGCGUACUCUAGAAGACCUGUAUGGAAUUCUGGAAAAAGUUGGGAAUCAGAAAUACAUGCUUGUUGGUGGCAAUACUGGACAUGGUGUCUAUCGUCGUUCGCCAAAUAUAACAGUUUACAUUGACAUCAAUGAUAUUCCGGAUCUUCAUCAAGUUAAGGUGGACGAUAAGAGUGUCGUUUUGGGAGGUGGGGUCAGUCUUACAGAAGCAAUGCAGGUUUUCAAUGAAUCAUCAAAUAAGCCUGGAUUUGAGUAUUUUAAGCAGUUGUGGCAUCAUUUUGACUUAAUUGCUAAUGUUCCAGUCAGAAAUACCGGAACUUUGGCAGGUAAUUUGAUGAUGAAACAUGCCAGACCUGAAUUCCCUUCGGACAUCUUUCUCACUUUUGAAGCCCUGGACGUUAGAGUCGAAGUAGGUGGAAAGCCUGGUGAAAAACAAUCAAUGACUAUAGCUGAGUUCUUGAAAUCGAAUAUGACGGGGAAGGUUUUACUUUCUUUCACUCUUCCAGCUUAUCCCAAGGAAAGAUAUCUCUUUGGAUCUUACAAGAUAAUGCCUCGAGCUCAAAAUGCUCAUGCCUAUGUCAAUGGAGCAUUCCUUGUCGAUUUUGAUCCGAAAACUCGUAACGUUGCGUCGUCGCGUAUUUGCUUCGGUGGUAUUCAUCCAGGUUUCGUACAUGCUAAGUCAGUUGAGGAUUAUCUUGUUGGCAAGAGUCUGUCCGCCAAAAAUCUUCUUCCCCAAUUGUUUACGGUUUUAGGUAAGGAACUUCAGCCAGAUGCCGUGUUACCGGAUCCUUCCCCAGAAUACCGUAAAUUACUGGCCAGCGGUCUUUUGUAUAAGUUCAUUCUGAAAAACAGUCCUGAAGUGAAGCCUGAGUUCAAAACCGGUGGUGAAGAACUGAAGCGGCCAGUGUCUUCGGGCAUGCAAACUUUUGAUACCCAGGUCAAAAACUAUCCAGUUACUCAACCUGUGACUAAAGUUGAAGCUAUAGUUCAAUGCUCGGGAGAAGCAACGUAUAUGAACGAUCUGCCACCCCAACCUAAUCAAGUUUGGGCCGCGUUAGUGCAUGCCACAAAGGUGGGCGCAACAAUUGUAGAAAUCGAUGCUUCUGAAGCACUCAAGAUGCCAGGAGUGCUGGCUUUCUAUUCGGCUAAGGAUAUCCCUGGGAAGAAUUCAAUAGUCGACAAGAGUUUCGGAUUCGCCGAUGAGGAAGAAAUCUUUUGUGCCGCAGACGUCAAGUACUACUAUCAGCCUCUGGGUAUGGUUGUGGCAUUGAAUAGUGCAACUGCAAAUAUCGCUGCAAGUAAGAUCAAGGUUAUGUACAGUAAGACCGACAAGAAGGUCCUGCCAACUAUGGAACAAGUUCUUGCGACAAAAGAUCAAAGCCGAAUAAUUUCGAUCGUAAAGUCACCAAUCAAAGAAAUCAAGCGCCCAGCAGAAGCCAAUCUGACAGUCUCUGGAGACUUUGAUAUCGGCCUACAAUAUCACUAUACAAUGGAACCACAUACAACUAUCGCCUUGCCGUUCGAGGAUGGUCUGCAGAUUUACUCUGCCACACAGUGGAUGGAUAUGACUCAAUUUGCCAUUGCUAAGAUGUUGCAGAUCAAGGUCAAUGAUGUCCAACUGAAGGUUCGUCGUUUAGGAGGAGGCUAUGGUGGCAAGAUUUCUCGAGGAAACUUUGUAGCAUGUGCAGCUGCUUUGGCGGCCUCGAAACUCCAUAGACCAGUGAGAAUGGUUCAGACUAUUGAAUCGAUGAUGGGCAGUUUGGGCAAGCGUUGGGCUUGUCGCAGCGAAUACGAGUUCCAUGUCAACUCGAAGGGUAAGAUUAUUCUAGCCCGGAAUACCUUCUUUGAAGACGCUGGCUGGUCUGUCAAUGAGUCCCCAGUUGAUGGACAUUCGACUCUUUGCUCUAAAAAUUGCUAUGAGUUUAAGGAUAAUUACAAAAUUGAUGGCAAUGCCGUGACCACUGAUGCCCCCAGUCAUACCUGGUGCAGGGCUCCAGGCUCCGUUGAGGGAAUUGCUAUGAUUGAAAAUAUAAUUGAGCAUAUUGCCUUCGAGACGCAACGUGAUCCGAUGGACGUACGUUUGGAAAAUAUCCCUGCUGGACACAAAAUGCGCGAAUUGAUUGAUAAAUUUAUCAAGACCAGUGAGUAUCGCCAGCGAAAGGCCGAAAUUGAUGAUUACAACUCGAAGAAUCGCUGGCGCAAACGUGGAUUGGGUCUUUGCAUCAUGGAAUAUCCGAUCUUUUACUUUGGUAAUUAUCCCGCCACGGUGGCUAUAUACCAUGGAGAUGGUACUGUUGUUGUGUCACAUGGCGGAAUCGAGAUGGGCCAAGGUAUGAAUACCAAAGUGGCACAAGUUGCUGCCUACACUCUGGGAAUUCCCCUCGACAUGGUUAAGGUUGAAGCUAGUGAUACUUUGAAUGGAGCAAAUUCGAUGGUUACCGGUGGGGCUGUUGGUAGUGAGAGUCUUUGUUAUGCUGUUCGUAAAUCAUGUGAUAUUCUGAUGGAUCGUCUUCGUCCAGUUCGUGAAUCAAUGAAAAAUCCCAACUGGUUUGAUCUCAUCCAAGAGGCACACAAGAAAGUUAUCAACUUAAUUGCCAGCGACUACUACAAGGCUGGCGACAUGCAGCCGUACACCAUUUGUGGUCUCAGUUUGACUGAAAUCGAGAUUGACAUUCUCACCGGAAAUCACUUGCUCAAGAGAGUCGAUCUGUUGGAAGACACCGGUGAGAGUCUCAAUCCGAAUAUUGAUAUUGGUCAAAUUGAAGGUGCCUUCGUCAUGGGAUUGGGUUAUUGGUUGACUGAGCAGUUGGUCUACGAUCGUCAAACAGGGGAACUUUUGACAAAUCGUACAUGGAACUAUAAGCCACCUGGUGCCAAAGAUAUUCCAAUUGACUUUAGAAUUGAUCUUUUGCAAAAGAGUGCUAAUCCAGCUGGUUUUAUGAGAUCGAAGGCUACCGGUGAGCCAGCUGUGUGUCUUUCUGUAUCAGCAAUCUUUGCUGUACAACAUGCUAUCCAAUCAGCUAGAAAGGACGCAGGACUGAAGAGGGAAUGGGUUCGUUUGGGUGCUCCAACAACUCCAGAAACCAUUGUUCUCAACUGUGGAUCAAAUGCAAGCCAGUUUAGUCUUUAAGUAGACUUGUAGUUAUUGAUUAUUUUUUGUACAAAAUUUAGGUGCUUGGUUUAUGAUUAUUUAAUAUUAUAUGAAAAUAAUAUAUAAAUAUCUAUUUGUAAAUACAUUAAUUUUAUGAAAUAAUUAAAAA